AUGAUGUUGUCCUUAAACAACCUGCAAAAUGUCAUCCAUAAUCCGGUAGUCCCCUUUGUUGGCACCAUUCCGGAGCCGCUGGAGCCUGGGACUCUGAUUGUGAUCCGUGGGCACGUUCCUAGUGAUUCGGAGAGAUUCCAGGUGGACUUGCAGUGUGGCAGCAGUGUGAAACCGAGAGCGGAUGUGGCCUUUCACCUCAACCCACGCUUCAAACGGACCAACUACAUUGUCUGCAAUACCCUGACCAAUGAGAAAUGGGGUCGGGAAAACAUCACCUAUGAAAUGCCUUUCCAGAAAGAAAAGUCUUUCGAAAUUGUGAUCAUGGUGCUGAAGGACAAAUUCCAGGUGGCUGUGAAUGGAAAGCACACCCUGCUGUACACCCACAGGAUUCUCCCUGAGAAGAUCAACACACUGGGCAUCUAUGGCAGAGUGAACAUCCACUCGGUCGGCUUCCGCUUUGCCUCGGAUUUACAAGAUACUCAAGAAUCUUCUGUGGAAUUGACACAGAUCAAUCAACAAAAUGUACAAGGGUCUGGCGUCCCUCAGCUUCCUGAUAACAGAGGAGACAUUGCUAGAGUCGCUCCCAGAACCGUCUACACCAAGAACAAAAUUCCGACUGUCAGUCACUCUUUAAAUUGCUCCAAAAUACUACCUACCAGCUGUGUUUUGAAGACUCUGCCGUUUGUUGCAAGGCUGCACUCCUCCAUGGGCCCAGGAAGGACAAUUGUCAUUAAAGGAGAAGUGAAUGCAGCUGCCAAAGGCUUCAAUGUUGAUCUCAUAGCAGGAAGGUCGAGGGAUAUUGCGCUACACUUGAACCCACGCCUGAAUAGUAAAGCAUUUGUGAGAAACUCUUUUCUUCAAGAGUCCUGGGGAGAAGAGGAGAGAAAUAUUACCUGUUUCCCAUUUAGUCUUGGAAUGUACUUUGAGAUGAUAAUUUAUUGUGAUGUUAGGGAGUUCAAGGUGGCAAUAAAUGGUGUGCACAGCUUGGAGUACAAGCACAGGUUUAGAGAGCUGAGCAGCAUUGACACCGUGGAGAUCAACGGCGACAUCAACCUCCUGGAAGUCCGGAGCUGGUAG